GGUCUCAAUCCCCCACCUACACACUAAACGCUGAGCGUAUAGUCUGCCCCUACACUCAAGUCUAUCCUAUUAAACAAAACUCUUACAACCACCACUUCCGUUCUUUAUACAUCUUUCACGAACUUUUUACAAUGGUCCAACUCUCCAUCCGCGUCCUCCUCGCUGCUGCCAUUGCUGCCCCCGCCUUCGCCAACAUCGUCUCCACCGCUGAUGAAUUCGAAGCUCGCGAUGUUGCCACUCAGGACGAGCUCUUCGGCCGUGCCGUCGUCGAGGUCUUGGACGACCUCUACGGCCGAGACGAGCUCGCCGACCUUUUCGGACGUGAUGUCGAUCUUGAGGAGCUCACCGCCCGUGAUAUUGAAGAACUCUUGGAGCGUGAGCUCGAGUUCGCCGAGGUCGAUGCCCGCGAUUUCGCUGAUGACCUCGAGGUCCGUGAGUUCGUCGACGAGGUCGAGGCUCGUAAAGAUAAGGAUGAGAAGAAGGAUGAGGAGGAGAAGCCCAAGAAACUGAACUGGUUCCAGAAGAUGGGUCGCGCCAUCAAGAACUUCUUCUCUGGCAAGGGCAAGAAGAAGGACGACAAGAAGACUAAGAAGUCCCAGAAAUCUGAGAAGAAAUCUGAGAAGAAAGAGGACAAGGAGGCCGACGAACCCACCACCCGUGCCUUCGAAGACUCACCCGUCGAGCGCUCCCUCGACUUUGUUGACGACAUGUUCGAGCGCGAGAUCGACGGCUCCGACCUCUUGGAGCGCGACUUCUUCGACGAAGACCUCUUCGAACGAGACUUUGAUGCAGAACUCGUCGAGAGGGAUUUCCUCGAUGAGGACCUCUUCGAGCGUGACUUUGAUGGAGAAUUGUAUGAGCGCGACGUUGAUGAUCUCCUUGAGCGUGCUUUUGAAGACGAGCUCUUUGAACGUAGCUACGAGUUCGAUGAGCUUGACUAGACGGUUUCGGAGGAUGUAUGUAUGUUGUAAUGGUUGUAAUGGGAUUUGGGGUUAAAUAAAAUCAAUCUCUUUUCGUGUUUUAAAU